CACGUGUCAUUACGAACCCCCAUAAUGUAAGGAGAUAGAAGGAGGUAGUUGUCGGAAUUCUAACUUCGAUUUCGGAUAGAGUCUGCUGUUGGGAUGAUUAUACUUCCCGAUCAGAUCCACUCUGUAAUUCUGUGACUGAAUCUUCCCCUAAAAACCUCAGGUUCAAUGUCUGGGAUGGAAGGGAUCAAAAAAAAGAUUGAGUUUGCCAUGAGUAAAGACAGCAGGAUAACCUUAGGCCAAAAAAGGGAAAGUGGAAUUACCAAGGUUCUUGAUCCAGCAUUUUCUUCAUUUUUUGUCAAGCUUCCUCGCAAGCUUCAAAAUUGUCUUAAGACACAGCUCAACAGAUUAGCAGAAGAUAAUGAAAGGAUAAUCUCAUCAAUUUCUAUUCUGGGAAAGGAUAGAGGUUCAUCUACUGCAUUUGGGAUUGAUCUGGAGAAGCAGUUGCAAGCUUGGAGGGAAAAUCCUUCAUGGGUUGAUCAACCUCCGCAGAUAGAGGUCAGUGUACCAAAAGGUUCUUUCUGCAACCUCAAUGUGAAACUUGAUAUUGGGUUGCCUCCUGAUGCAGUAUAUGAUAUUGUAACUGAUCCUGAAAACAAGAGAGUUUUCAAGAAUAUUAAGGAAGUCAUAUCUAGAAAAGUUUUACUUGAUGAGGGUCAGCGGCAGGUGGUUGAAGUUGAGCAAGCAGCUGCAUGGAGAUUUCUUUGGUGGUCAGGAGUCAUCUCAGUUCAUGUUUUAGUUGAUCAGAACAGAGAAGAUCACUCAAUGAGAUUCAAACAAGUGAAAACCGGGUUCAUGAAAAGAUUUGAAGGCUGUUGGAGAUUAGAACCUAUUUUCGUUGAUGAAAAAAUGUGCUUUCCUUUCAAACCAAAAUCAUGGGCUGAGUAUUCCUCCUGCACAGGAGGCAAAGGAAGGGUUGGAUCAAAGGUGAACUUGGAACAACUGAUCCAACCUGCCCUUAUCCCUCCCCCACCCAUUUCCUGGUAUCUAAGAGGAAUUACAGCAAAGACCACAGAGAUGAUGUUAUCUGAUCUUAUGGCUGAAGCUGCCAGAAUGAGGGGAGGUUUCAACACCCUAAACUCAAAGAAAGAUCUUACACUAUCUACAGGAAUAAAUGAAGAACACCAAGUUGAUCAGAUACGUGACAUUAAACAAAGAUGGAGCUUGCAUAGGCGAAGUGCGAAUCGACAUCCUCGGACGCUGUUCGCUGCUGAAUCUCGAAUGCAGAAGUGAUUAGUUCAAAAUUCUUGUCAUUGUAUUUUAUAUUAAAUUUAUAUAGCAAUAUUAUUAGGAGCAAUUUCAAUAAGAACUUGGUAAAAUUCUUCUUUUACCUCAAAAUGUUUGCAUUGCUUCUGUUCUGUAAUUCAUUUCUGGAUAAAUGCCAUAAAUUGAGGCGGUUUGUUGCAAUUAUAAUGAAAAUUCAGAAAAGUGAACCUAACUAUGAUGGAGGAAUGAGGGAUCUCUCUGUCAAUGGUUAACUCGUGAAAAUUUAUCAUAAGUAAAUUAAAAAGGGUUUU